CUGAGAUCAGGGAAUGCGUCAGAAAUCAGACAUUAACUUAGAUUUAAAAAAGAAAAAAAAGUGACGCGUGAUUUAAUUUGCUAGUACUGGGUAAAGAAGUGGUAUGGAAUGGGGUUUUUUUGGUAAGGUAUGGUUAUGGUACUUUCUGAAGAUGCUGUGAUGUGUAUCAGCGUGUCUUCUGACCGGCACUUUGUUUCUAAUGAUGAUGUGAUUUAUGAUUUAAAAGGCCUGAACCAAUAUGGAUGUUAUUCCUUGCAACUGAAGUAUAGCACCAACAUCUAAUUAGAUCUCAGCUGAGCCCAAAGUCUCGCUGAACCCCAAGUCCUUCAUCAUGAGCUUUGUGUCUUUGAGGGUUGCAACACUUCCUCUAAAUAGACCUACUCACAUGACCAGGGGAAAAAUAAUAGUGAUACACUCUGGCCAAAAGUUUGUGGACACCUGACCAUAAAAUCCAUCAUUGCUUUUUGAACAUCCCAUUCCACUCUUUUGGGAAGAUGUUCCACUAAAUUCUGUAAAGCUCAGACAGAAGGGUGUGUUAGUAAAUUCAGGUGCUGUCAGGGUUCACAUUCAUUCAAAAGGUUCAAUAGAUAUAGAUGUUCCACUCCAACCCAUGUGAAGUAGAUCUUCAUGGAGCUGGCUUUGUGCUGGAACAGGGAAAUUAUCAUUUUGGAGCAGGUUUGGGUCUCCUAAUGCAAGUGAAGGAUAAUUUCACACUACAACAUACAAUUCUGUCGGGAAAAACCCACAGGUGUCCUUAUACUUUUGGUCAUAUGUCUUGAAUACUUAUUAUAUGGAAGUAAAAAAGUAAUUAAAUAAAGACAAAUAUAUAUUGACUCGGCAAAAAUAAAUUUGAAUAAUUGAAUUUUAAUGUUUUGUAUUCUAUUUUCCCCUCCCCUUUUUUGUUCAAAAAAUUGAGGAAAGAUUUCAGAGUACAAAUACAAACCUUUUUUAUAAAAUUCCAUUUUGUUGAGUUUUUUUUUCCCCCAUUCAAAAGAACCAGAGAGAAAACUGAGAAUUUACAUUAUUUUAUUUUUUGGAAAUAUAAUGGACGUUUAUAUUUAUAGUUUCGUUCAGAAUUAAACUUUGAGACGGUUUGUUGUAUGUUUUAUAGUUUCUAUUUUGUAAUACAAGUGCUUCAGUUUAAAACAUUGUUAGUCUUUGUUUUCACAUGUCCGAGUUGCUGAGAGUUUUUGUUAUACUCUCUGAUAAAACUCUCGGUGCUGUGAGGUUUUAGGAAAAUAAUCAACAUCAGGAUUGUGUCUCGAAAUGUGCGCGUCCCGAUUUCCUCCCUGAAGGUGAUUAUUAUCCCGUUACAGCAUGUCCCCGAAAGAGUUUUAGUCCUCGUGUAUAGAUGGCAGCAAUUCUGAUGUAAUGUUUUGGAGUGGCUGCAGUAUUGAUCCAUUCGUAGUUACAUUUAAUAUUAUAUAAACAUAAAUUAUAAACAUCCUUUCCCUCAACAGGAUAAAACAUGCAAAUAGUGAUAAAGAUGUUGGAAAACAUCCAGCGCUGACACUGAAGACGACUUUGAAUGUUAAACAGAGCUAUAGAAAAGUUUGGAAUGUAGCAAAGAAAGAAAAUUGAUCUCAUUGUCUUGUACUGGAGACUCCUUCCAUAAAUACUGAACAGACCUAUAGAGAAUCUUGGGAUAGAGUAAAGAAAAAUGUAGUUCCCCUGCCUUGUAAUGGAGACUAUGGCAUUAUAACGUAGCAAAAAAAAACCUAGACGUUGCUGUCUUCUAUUGGAGACUCCUUCCAUAAAAAAAAUUUAACAUCUGUCUUCAGCGAUUAAUCUCGGUAAACGAGCCGUCUCUAUGGAAACGUAUUAGAAUGAGUAACUUUAUAAACAGCUCUUUUGAAGAAACCUCAGGACUCAGCAAUGCUGUGGUUAUAAAUCUAUUAACAUAAACAUGACUAUUUACGUCUGAUGGCCACGGGUUAUUUGUUUACGUGAGGCGGCGUACAGGAGAAUGCAGAUGAGGGAUUCGUACAGUUUCAGCGAGCUGGGUUCAGACCGUUAGCGAAAGUUUAAAGACCGCUAGAUCUUUUUCCUUUUUUUUUUUUCUUACUAUAAUCUCUGCUCUUUGCAUUAUGAAAGAAAUUUGCUGAAAGAUAGAAAAAAAAGUAAAAAGAAAGAAAGAAGCUUAUUUUUCUUCUUCUUUUCCAUGCCCUGUGUACUCAUUAUUGCUUGUUCGUCUCUUGCAAUUUAGAUAAGUGAUAUAACAUUAUACUCAAGGUGGUUGAGUCACAAGCAGUAGGGCGGCGGAAGCGAGCCAAUCGGAGCGUCCCGGUCUGUGCGGGAGCGGCGGGCGCUCCCAUCGCCUCCCCCCUGACACCCCGAGGAUUCACACACUGAAGACAUCCGGACUGUACUAUGGCGCAACAGAAACACUCUGUAUUGUGGAUUUAUUUGUUGCAGUGUCACAGCAGUUUAUAGUGGGGAGGUGGAGCUAGCAGGAGGGGCGGGGCAAAGCUUUUCACCUGUCUUGCAUUGCAAGGAAUUCUGGUCUCAUUAUAACGUCUAUUUAUCUAUUUUUGUAUUUAUUUUGCAAGGAGGGCUCUUAAAGACCAGAAAUCAUUAAUGCAUGCUUUUAACUAAUAAGAAUAAACAGUAGGGAUCUUAUUGUCAUGAAGGUUGUGAUGUAAGCAUUAGGUUUGACCAAUCAGAGCCCUUCCUUUCUGUUUUGUGCUCUCGUUUUUUGUUUUCUUGGUCGCUGUUUUAAUUAAGCUCCUACUUCCCUACUGUUUUCUGCUCUCUCUUCUCUUUCUUUCUUUCUUUCUUUCUUUCUGUCGUGUGUGUGUGUGUGUGUGUGUGUGUGUGUGUGUGUGUGUGUGUGUGUGUGUGUGUGUGUGUGUGUGUGUGUGUGUGUGUGUGGUGUAGAAUCCAGACGGUAAGAUGAUGCAGAUAAACCUGACCGGUUUUCUGAACGGGAAGAACGCCCGCGAGUUCAUGAAGGACCUCUGGCCCUUGCUGCUGAGCGCCCAGGAGAACAUCGCCGGGAUCCCGUCCGCCUUUCUCGAGCAGAAGAAAGAGGAGAUCAAGCUCAGACAGGAGUCACUGGCGGUUUUGAAAAAGGUAGACGAGGAACGGAAAGACAGAGAAAACAAAGAAAAAGCUCAGUCUCGGAGUCCCAAACGGAGAAAAUCUCGUUCACCUCCGAAGCGCGAAAGGAAACGCAGCCACUCUCGCUCGCCUAGACGUAAACCCAGCCCUCCUGUAAUCCCCCCACCCAGUCCACCUGUCCACAAACCCGAGCUCCAGCCUGAGCCUGACCAAUCAGAGAGCUCUAAACCGGAACCACUGGUCCAAGAGGCUUCCUCUACCAGCCUGUCCAGCGAUUUGCCGAGCGAAGCAAAACUGGAUUCGGUGUCUGAGGUUCCUAAGGAAAUGUCCCCAGAGAAACCGCCGAAGACUGAGGACAAACCGAAGCCAAGGGAUAGGGAGCGGGAACGGGAGAGAGACGGACGCAGAGAUCGUCCACGACACCGCACUCGGUCUCGCUCACCCCGCCCCCGGAGACGCCACCGCUCACGUUCCAGGUCGUACUCGCCCCGGCGCAAACCAAGCCCAAGGAGACGCAUGUCCCCCAGACGCAGGAGUCCCCCCAGACGACCUCCACCUUCCAGACAUAGACGCAGCCGCUCACCUGCCCGCAGGAGGCGCUCACAUUCUCGCUCGUCCUCAGGCAGCUCGUCCUCGCGCUCGCCUCACAAGAGGCCCACUAAGCGCAUUUCCGUCACACCGCCCAGGAAACAACCACGCCGCACUGAAACCUCUUCCAGCCCCAGCAGGAGGCGCCGCAGCCCUUCAGGUUCAAAUGUGAGACCUGCUGGAAGAAACGAGUCCCCGUCUCCUGCUCCUAAACCCAGACGAUCAGACCUAUCGGAAUCAGAGGAAGAUAAGUUGGGUAAAGGGGCGGCGGCCGAUUCUGUCCAGCAGAGACGGCAAUAUCGCAGACAGAACCAGCAAUCAUCCUCAGAGACCAGAUCAUCCUCUUCAUCCUCAGAGGAUGAAGGGCCACGUCGGCCUGGCAGAGGUCCACCGGCAAGGAAUGGCGACAUCAGGAGGAGGCGAAGUCACUCACCCGUGUCUCCUAGGAGACGGCACAGGGAUGCGUCACCAAGAAAGAGACGUUCUCCGUCUCCUCGACGUCAUCGCUCUCCUUCCCCCAGACGACGUCGUUCACCAUCCCCUCCACCCAGACGCAGGUCUCCCUCGCCGCCUCCCCGCCGCUAUUCCCCACCCAUCCAGCGCCGCUACAGCCCCUCGCCUCUUCCCACUCACAAGCGACGCCCUUCUCCAUCUCCCGCCCCCCCGAAGCGCGUCAGUCCCCGCUCGUCCACUUCUCCUCCUCCUCCACGCUCACGCCGUAGCCCACCCAUGACCACCUCCUCAGGGCGCCAGGGCAGCCCUCAGGGCAGAUACCCGCCCGGGGGGGCCUCUCCGCCGCGCCGGGGGCAGUCUCCCGCUCACGGCAGAGCCAUUCGCAGGGUCUCGCGUACGCCUGAGCCACGUAACACUCAGAGAGGGUCUCAGAGCCCACGGCCGAUGAGAAGGCGGUCCAUUCAUUCCCGCUCCGCCUCUCCAGAUCGUUUCCCAGUAUCCUCAGCGGCAGCGUCCGGGCCUCUCAAGCGUCCGGCUGCUGCAUCCGCAUCCCCGUCUCCUUCUCCAGCUCGCUCAGCCAGCGGUUCUCCUCCUCCUCUUCCUCUUCCUCCACCAGCCAAGAAGGCCAGCAGUGCCUCUCCAAGCCCCUCCCCCAACAAGAACUCGGACGUAGACGGUGGGAAGAAAAAAAAGAAAAAGAAGGAGAAGAAGCACAAGAAGGAGAAGAAACACAAGAAGCACAAGAAGCACAAGAAGGAGAAAGGGGGCGCUGUAGCGACUGUGCCGGCGGGGGACGGACAGGAGAACCCUCGGAUGGAGGAGGAGCCCGAGUCCGAUCAGAAAAAGGAUUCAGAGAGUGAAGUAGAGGACAGUCUGGAUGAUCUGGAGAAACACCUGAGAGAGAAAGCUCUGCGCUCCAUGAGGAAAGCCCAGCUGUCUCCAUCCCAGUCCUGAGAACCCUCUCUCUCUUUCUCUGUCACCCUCACUUUCUCCUUCUCUCUCCUCUUUCUUUUUGUGUUUUUUUUUUUUUUUGCCAUUUUGUUAAGCUUUAGAAUCUACAAACUGGUUACUCACGAUGUUGAUCAUUUUAUUUGUUUUCUCAAUUUGAUUUGUGUUCAACUUUGCAGCAUGAUGUUCGUUUCUUCAGCCACUAAUAUAACGUUUAAAAAAUAAACAAAUCCCCCCCCCCCCCCCUUUUUUUCUCCACCAAUUCUUUUCUUUCUCCAUUCUGGAGCUCAAAUCGAGACGGGGUGAUUUCGCGUGUAGAUUUUCUUUCCCCUGGUUAUAAGAUCAGUGUUUUAUAAUGAUUUUUUCGGUUAGAGAUGUGUGUUUGUCCCCCUGGGUGCAUGAUCCAUACAACACACACACAUGCACUGUGGGAAAAAAAAAAAGCAGGAACGAGUGAAGGACACGUCCUCGCUGCUUCUUCUCGUCCCCCAGAUGUUUGUUUUGUAACUUUUUUUUUUUUUCUUUUUACGUUGUCAUGAAAUUUCUGCCGUUGACGAAAUCACAUUAAAUGGAACAGACGAACCAGCA